AUGUCUUCUGUCAAGGAGAUGCUGGAGCUACUUGAAGUGGGGACCAAGAUGGGGAUGAAGGAUGAAGACCUUCAACAAUUCGUGAAGGACGAACAGGCCAGAAUGCGGGACGAACGUGAGAUACAUAGAGUCGAGAGACAGGAGGAGAGAGACCGCGACUUCAAACUACAGAUGGAGAAAGAGCGCGCCGCAAGAGAACAUGAUGAGCGAGAGCACGCCCGAUUGAUAGAAGAAAAGAGACAUCAGCAAAAACUAGAAGAACUGGAACUUGAUCACAAACUGCAACUCGAGAGAUCUCACAUGAAGCCGAGUGUUGUGACUAAAGAGGAGAAAGAAACUUCUCAAGUGAUAAAAGGACCAAAACUUCCUCCGUUUGAGGAUUCGAAAGACAACAUUGACGCGUACAUUCAAAGAUUUGAGAUAUACGCAACAACGCAGAAAUGGAAUAAAGACACGUGGGGGACUCAUCUUAGCGCAUUACUCAAAGGAAAGGCACUGGAUGUGUUCGCAAGACUCUCACCCGAAACAGCACUUGAUUUCAACGAGUUGAAGAACGCCCUGUUGAAACGAUUUGACAUGACGGAGGACGGUUUCCGCAAGAAGUUCCGAUUUUCAAAACCAGACGGAAGUGAAACUUUUAUGCAAUUUUCUACCAGACUGGACAGUUACCUUGAGCGGUGGAUUCAGCUGUCUAAGACUAACAAGACAUUCGAUGAUCUGAAGGACUUGUUCUUACGUGAACAGUUUUUAUUGUGUUGCUCGAAAGAACUUGCCUUAUUCCUAAAGGAGAGGAUUCCUACUUCGAUCCAAGACAUGGCGCGAUACGCGGACCAGUUUGCUGAGGCCAGAACAGUGACAUCUUCUUCACUUACGCAAAAACCGCUCUUUGACAGACGACAGCAGUCCGAUAGACAACCGCCGUACAAAGAUUCCGUGCAACAAAACCAAUCUGGAAAUGCAGUGAAGUGUUAUGAGUGCGGACGACAAGGACAUAAAGCCUUUAACUGCAACUUCCGCAAAAGUCCGAAUAACAGGCCGUUUAAUUCGAGCGAGAAACAAGAAACAACACCGAAACAUACUUACCCUAGUGAUUUUCAACGUGGGUCGUACAAUAAUGGGAACCAUGGAUAUCCAGGACGCGGUAGAGGUCGCCAAGGAGCCGCAAGUGUCGUCGAGAAACAUGGAAACUUACCGUGUGUUGGUGAUUCGGUUGCUUUCUGUGAAACGGAAAUGCCAGUUGUGAAGGGAUGUGUUGGCAAUAAACUAGUGACUGUGCUAAGAGACACAGGUUGUAGUGGUGCCGUUAUUCGUAGAGAACUGGUAAACGAUGAUCAACUAACAGGGACAUCUCAACGAUGCAAGUUAGCAGACGGUCGUAUUAUUGAUUCAGAUGUGGCUAGAAUUGAUGUCGAUACUCCUUACUUUACCGGAAGUGUUGAUGCUUGGUGCUUUGAUUCGCCUUCGUACGAUCUUAUUCUUGGUAAUAUUCGUGGAGUAAGGAAACCACAUGAACCAAAUCCAGCCUGGAUUCAUUCUGUUGAAACACGUGCGCAACUGAAAAAGAAACAGUCUCCAUACAAACCAUUGAAAGUACCGGAAGCAAUACGGGAUGUAUCGCCGGAGGAUAUCUUACAAGAACAACAAAACGAUGAGACACUGAAAAAGUUAUGGAGCUUAGCUGAGAGUGGACAGCUUAAACAUUUCAGUGACGGCGGAUUUUCAAAAAUGUGUGAACGGAAGCAAAUGUUGUUCAGAGAAUUUUGCAGUCCCAAAGUGUCCAGUGGAAAACUUUUCCGACAGUUAAUCGUUCCCCGGAAAUACAGAACUAUCGUUAUGAAGAUAGCACAUGAAACGCUGAUGGGUGGUCAUCUGGGAUCAAAGAAAACAACCGACAGAGUAGUGUCCGAAUUUUACUGGCCAGGAAUUCAGUCAGACAUUAGACGGUUUUGCAGAUCAUGUGACGUGUGUCAGCGGACUAUUCCAAAAGGAAAAGUACCUGCAGUACCGUUAGGACAAAUGCCGCUAAUUACAGAAGCGUUUCAACGAGUAGCAGUUGAUCUUAUAGGCCCUCUCCAACCAGUUACCGACAAAGGGAAUCGUUACAUUCUGACGCUUGUCGAUUACGCAACCCGUUAUCCCGAGGCUAUUCCACUUCCUGGAAUUGAGACAGAGCGAGUAGCGGAGGCACUGGUAGACAUCUUUAGUAGAUUAGGAGUUCCGAUCGAGAUGCUAACAGAUCAAGGAUCGCAAUUCACAUCGGACGUAAUGAAAGAAGUGAGCCGUCUGUUGUCAUUUAAACGGAUUACUACUACUCCGUAUCACCCCAUGUGUAAUGGACUCGUCGAGAAGUUCAAUGGUACGUUGAAACAGAUGCUAAAGAGGAUGUGUGCUGAGCGACCAAGAGACUGGGAUAAGUACAUCAACCCAUUACUCUUUGCAUACCGUGAAGUACCACAGGAGAGCCUUGGUUUUUCGCCGUUUGAUCUUCUCUAUGGACGUACUGUUCGUGGUCCGAUGACAAUUCUUAAAGAACUUUGGACAAAGGAAAUUCCUGACGAGGACGUUAAGACAACGUAUCAAUACGUACUUGACUUACGCACACGAUUGGAAGAAACAUGUGACAUAGCUCGCCAAAACUUGGAGAAAGCUUCAAAACGUCAGCGCAAGAACUACAACAGGAAAACGCAAGGUCGUCAGAUGAAAGAGGGAGACACAGUACUAAUUCUUCUACCGACAAAGUCAAACAAACUCCUCAUGCAAUGGAAGGGACCUUAUAGUGUAAUACAGAAGAUAGGACAUAUGGACUACAAGAUCGAUAUGGGAGGCAAGCUGAAAACUUUCCAUGCAAAUCUUCUUAAGAAAUGUAUUUACGGAUAUACCUGGAAUGACGAACUUAGUGGAGCAUAA